AUGCCCAGUUAUUCUGAUGCGCAAGCUUCCCUAUAUCUGGAGCCGUCGCAGCGUGUAUCCCUCAUCGAGCAACCAGACCCGGAAUCCUCGGACAUCUGCCUAUUCUACAACGAAGAGGAGUUUGAAGAUGCAGUCAAUAGGAUUUGCUCUCGUUCGGGCACAGCCUUGGACAUGGAUCCAUCCGCACGCGCGUACUUGUAUUCCAUGACAAAGGGUCAGCCUGGCGCCGUCGAAGCAGUAGUCUCCUAUGUAUUAAAGAACUACGAGCAAGCAUCAGAGGACGGUACGGUCCGAACUGUGACAAAGGAACUCUGUAGUAAAUCAUUCGUCGAUGAAUCGCGCGUCUUCAGAAGCUUCCGGCAUUGUACAGUCUUCAAAUCAUUUCCCUUGGCAAAAAACCUCACAGCGCCUGCUGUCAACGUACUCCGCAGAGUACUAGAGAAUGGCAGCGUACCGUGCAAUCUUCAAGAUGAAGGAGUCCGACUCUGCUACGAGCGAGGCUGGUUGCACUCAGACCUUACCAGGACGUCAGUCACAGAGGAUCCCAACAUCAUCUGUUUCCUCCCUACAAGACUACACAUGAAAUUCGUCGAGUACACGUUGCACGUAUCCCAACUGAAACCCUUCCCAUUCGACCGGUUCCCUUGUCUAGCCACCCUCUGCGAAGCCAUCCUCAAAUGCUUCUCGCGGACCCGUCUCCUUUCCGACCCCGACACCUCCUACCUCCCCAACAAGUUCAUCCGCCCGCCCGAAACCCCCUUCCAGGACGAAUGGUAUCGCUGUUUCUCCUCCCUCGUCGGCCACGGAGUGGGUAUUUCAAGCAAGUGGUCCUGCAUCGGCAACGAACAGGUCGACUUCCGCAUCAUCGGGCCGGCAUGGGGUGUCGAGCUGCUUCGCGACGGGGAUCAGAUCCACAGCGUGUGCGCUCGGUUUCAGCAGCACGGUCUCUACCACCCAUUGGUAGAGAAUGGACAGAUGACCGACUGGCUUAUUUUGGACUGUAGGCAGUCUGCUCCGCAGAAGUACCAUGUACCCGGUACGAAGCUCUGGCGAGUCGUCUUCAAGGAUGACUUUACUUCAGCAUAUGCCCUGGACUCGGAUAAUGAAGUGGUCGUACCGGAGUUCGACCUUCUUGAUUAA